UGUACUUCCGGUAUCACAGGCACAUGUGGUAAACAAGCACUGCAGCAACAUGGACUUUUCAACUAAGUGGGAUGAUCUAUCGAAAGGUCCAAGUUUAAAGCAUUUAUCGGAACCAGGAUUCGGCGUCCCGAAGGAGAAACAACAUGCUGCCAUUCAGGACAUUACUAAAGCCCACACGGAGUCCUUCGAUCAAGCUGUCACAGAUGGGCUGAGUCGCGUGGUGCAGGCUAUUCGGCCGUUGGAGUUCACAUACAAUAAUGACCGAGUCUCCCUCGCCUUUGUCGACGCCACCAUUAUGAAACCAAUGGUGGCAAAAGGCACGGUGUGCCGCGAUCUGAGGGUGUUCCCCGCAGAGUGCAGGGCAAGGAAAUGUUCUUACAAGUCAAAGAUUGUGGCAGAUAUAAGUUGGUCGGUGAAUGGUGUUCCCCGAGGCAUCAUCAAACAGUACCUGGGCCAGGUACCCAUCAUGGUGAAGUCCAAACUGUGCAACCUGCACGGCCUCCCCCCAAAACAGCUGAUCGAGCACCACGAAGAAGCCCAGGAAAUGGGCGGCUACUUCAUCAUUAACGGGAUCGAGAAGGUCAUCCGCAUGUUGAUCAUGCCGAGGAGGAAUCUCCCGAUAGUCUUGUCCAGGCUCAAGUGGAAGGGCAGGGGCCAGGGAUACACUCCGUACGGUGUUUCCUUGCACAGUGUUAGGGAGGAGCACACGGCCGUCAACAUGAACCUUCACUACCUGGAGAACGGCACCAUGAUGCUGAACUUCAUAUUCAACAAAGAGCUCUUCUUUCUACCGCUUGGCUUUGUGCUCAAGGCCCUGGUGGACUUCUCAGACUUCCAGAUCUACCAGGAGCUGAUCAAGGGCCAGGAGCACAACAGCUUCUACAAGAGCUGCGCCGCCGAGAUGCUGCGCAUGGUCAUGGAGCAGAACUGCGUGACCCGCAGCCAGACACUCAACUACCUCGGAGAACGCUUCCGGGUCAAGCUCAUGCUGCCCGAGUGGUACACCAAUGAGCAGUUUGCAGAAUACCUCCUCGAGGAGUGCAUCUGCAUCCACCUCAAGUCCAACGUGGAGAAGUUCUACCUGCUGUGCAUGAUCACCAGGAAGCUCUUCACGUUCGCCAAGCAGGAGUGCACGGACGAGAACCUGGACAGUCUCAUGACCCAGGAGGUCCUCACUUCUGGACAGCUGUACAUACGCUUCCUCAAGGAGCGGAUGGCCAGCUGGUUGAUCAGCGUAAUGCUGAACAUGAAAAAGAAACGCAAAGUCAUGGAAGAGCUGAGCUCCGGUUCCAUGAUGAAGAUGUUCCUGAAGGCCACUGAGAUCACCAGGGCGUUCGAAUACUUCCUCGCAACCGGCACUCUCGUUUCCCGAUCUGGUCUGGGCAUGCUGCAGAACACGGGGCUGUGUGUCGUCGCCGACAAGCUGAACUUCAUCCGCUACCUGUCUCACUUCCGCUGCGUGCACCGAGGGGCCGCCUUCGCCAAGAUGAGGACCACCACCGUGCGCAAGCUGCUGCCCGAGUCCUGGGGCUUCCUGUGUCCCGUCCACACCCCCGACGGAGAGCCCUGCGGCCUCAUGAACCACAUGACCGCCAGCUGUGAAAUGGUCACCCAGAGCUGGUCCACCGUGAGCCUGCCCGGCCUGCUCUGCUCCUUGGGUGUCACCCCUGUGGACGGGAUGCCCAGUAAAGCCUUCUCAGAAUGCUACGUCGUGCUCCUGGAUGGCAACGUGGUGGGCUGGGUGGAGGACGAGAUCGCUCCCCUGGUGGCUGACUCACUGCGCACCUUUAAGGUCCUGAGGGAGAAGAGGAUUCCCCCGUGGACCGAGAUCGUGUUGGUUCCCAAGACGGGCAAGGCCAGCAUGUACCCCGGCCUGUUCAUCUUCACCACGACCUGCCGCAUGAUGCGCCCUGUCCGCAACCUGGCCCUGGGCAAGGAGGAGCUCAUAGGAACCUUCGAGCAGCUCUACAUCAACGUGGGCGUCAUGGAGGACGAGAUCCAGCCGGGCGUGACCACACACCAGGAGCUGUUCCCCCACACCAUGCUGAGCGUGGUGGCCAACCUCAUCCCCUACUGCGACCACAACCAGAGCCCCAGGAACAUGUACCAGUGUCAGAUGGGUAAACAGACGAUGGGCUUCCCGCUUCAAGCGUUCCUGAAUCGCUCCGACAACAAGCUGUACCGCCUGCAGACCCCCCAGAGCCCGCUGGUCCGGCCCGUCAUGUACGACCACUACGGCGUCGACGAGUUCCCCAUCGGCACCAAUGCCAUCGUGGCGGUCAUAUCCUACACGGGCUACGACAUGGAGGACGCCAUGAUCGUGAACAAGUCGUCCUGGGAGAGGGGCUUCGCCCACGGCUGCAUCUACAAGACGGAGAUGGUGGACCUGACGCAGCAGAUGAAGGGCGAGGACAACCUGGUGUUCCACGCCGACCCGGCGGACCCCAAGGUGCGCGACAAGCUGGACGCAGACGGACUCCCGCAGAUCGGGGCGAAGCUGAGCUACGGGGAUCCCUUCUACAGCUACAUCAACCUCAACACCGGCGUGAGCCACAUCACCUACUACAAGAACCAGGAGAGCUCGGUGGUGGACAACAUCAAGGUCUGCAGCAACGACCAGGGCACGGGCACCUUCAAGCGCAUCUGCAUCACGGUGCGCAUCCCGCGCAACCCCACCAUCGGGGACAAGUUCGCCAGCCGCCACGGCCAGAAGGGCAUCCUCAGCCGGCUGUGGCCCGCCGAGGACAUGCCCUUCACGGAGAACGGCAUGUCGCCCGACAUCCUCUUCAACCCCCACGGCUUCCCCUCGCGCAUGACCAUCGGCAUGCUCAUCGAGAGCAUGGCGGGUAAGUCGGCGUCCAUGCACGGCCUGUGCCACGACGCCACGCCCUUCACCUUCUCGGAGAAGAACGCGGCGCUGGACCACUUCGGCGUGCUGCUGCGCGAGGCGGGCUACAACUACUACGGCACGGAGCGCCUGUACAGCGGGCUGAGCGGCCUGGAGCUGGAGGCGGACAUCUUCAUCGGCGUGGUGUACUACCAGCGGCUGCGCCACAUGGUCUCUGACAAGUUCCAGGUGCGGACCCAGGGCGCCCGCGACAAGGUGACCAACCAGCCGGUGGGCGGGCGCAACAUGCAGGGCGGCGUGCGCUUCGGCGAGAUGGAGCGCGACGCGCUGCUGGCGCACGGCACCUCCUUCCUGCUGCACGACCGCCUCUUCAACUGCUCGGACCGCUCCGAGGCGGAGGUGUGCGUGCCGUGCGGCAGCCUGCUGUCGCCGCUGCUGGAGAAGCCCAACAACUCCAGCAUCCGCCACCGCAAGACGGUGUGCAUGCUGUGCGGCCGCAGCGACACCAUCGACACCAUCAACGUGCCGUACGUCUUCCGCUACUUUGUGGCCGAGCUCGCCGCCAUGAACAUCAAGGUCAAGUUGCACGUGAAGUGAGGCCCCCGCCGACCCGCGGGGGUCGUGUGGACCGAGGAGGAGGGGGGGGGGGGGUUUGGGUUCCUCCAUGCGGACUGGAACCAGGCCGUGGUGCCUUUGAGCCAGGGAGGCAUGAUUUUGUGAUGUUGUAUUUAAGAUAUUUUUCUAUACGUGGAAUUCAGCCAAAACAACACCAGCCAUGUUGAAGACGGGUUGUGAAGCUGGUUUGAAUGCAAUGGUUAAAGAUGGAUGAGAAGGCUCUAUGAUGGGGGAUAGGGGUUGAAAGAUGCAUCAUAUCAUCGAUUUUAUAAGAUGUUCAUUUCUGUAACAUAACAAACAGAGGGGCGUUUCUAUGUAUGAUUAUGCUAUUUCAAAUUCUGCUGAAGAGAGUAAUAAAGACUACAGUAUAAAAGCUGUUUAUGAUUGAUCAAGUAUUUUAAUAAACGCACACACAGACGGCUAUUAUUCAAGAGAUUAUAUUUAAAUGUAGUGUUGUGAUGUUGACAUUCACCCUGACCUAAUUAUGAAUCAUAUAAUUUGGCAG